CGAAGAGUGUGCAACUACUUUGAGCUCCACAGCGUCAUGACCUUGCCGCGAGUGAUUGCGUCGUUGCAAUCCCUGCGGGAACUUCCGCCGUCCAAGGCGGUAAAGUUUCCUUGGAAGAGCAAGGUCGACGGCUUCGUGUUCCUCUCAAAGCGUGGCACGCCGAUUGCAUUUGCAAAUAGAUGCACUCACGUCGCCCUCGAGUUGGACCUGAACGACGCCGACUUCUUCUCGCGCGGAGUCGUUCAGUGCAAAGUGCACGGGGCAAUGUUUGACCCAGAGUCGGGGUUGUGCCUGCGACCCCCACCUCAUUGCAAACUCUUGCAUCCACUUCGAAGUAUACCACUGGAAGUCCACGGCGACGAUGUGCUUCUUACUGAGUGCGAUCCGCAGUCAUUCCAGCCGAACUCAUAUGACGAGGCCUAUCGGCGCUCCAAACAAGCGCAACUCCAAGCUGCAAUAAAUGCCGAUGCCAUGGAAAUCCAAGCAGAAAUCGAAGCCAUCAACGAGCGUUCUCUUCGUCUUCUGGGGAUGGCGAAGAAGUCGCCGUCAAUGACCUCCAUUACAACCAAGCGACACAAAUAAGACGUCGUCCUCAUCUUACGUCGAUGAUUUCAAGUGAAGUCGAAGAAAGCGCCAGUCGAUGUUGUUUGAUCAUGUCUGGUUCAAUCCAAAAACUUUCAUUCCA